CUUCAGAUGAUAAACAAACCUGCGUAGAACAUUUCAACACAAAAACAAAAGUGGUACGAGCAAGCUACGCUUUCCAGAAUAUCCAUGAAAAUCGGUUUUAUUCGAUCUACAUAAAAGAGUUUCGUCAGAGGAGGCACUCUGGUCCCUGCAAGGAUGAUUGGAAAGUUACUCUCCCAUAUCCUUGGCAACAUGGAGGAGGAUGUGAUUAUGAAAGGCAAUGGGGUUCAGGAUGAGAACGAUGAGGACCUACUGGAGUAUGAUGACGGAGAAUGGAUUGUAAUCAACAUGCACGAAAGCUCAUCUGCUGAGGUGGACCCUCUGGAAAACCUUCUGAUUGAGCAUCCCAGCAUGUCAGUGUACAAGAUGGUGCUGUCGAGGGCCGAAGAGGAGGAGGAGGAGGAGGAAGAGGAAGACCUCGCAUCAGAUGAGGAGGGAGAGGAGGCUCCCAGGCCUGUGCCCUUUAAACGCCACCUGCUGUGGAGGCUGGCUGGGUGGGGGAGCCCCUUGGCGUUGGGACCGGCGGGCACGCUACCCGUGCAGUGUGGCAAGUCCCAGGUGGAGCGCCGAAAGUUGUCUCGCAGCGCCCUCCAGAGGCAGAACCUGGCAAGGAUUCGCUUCUCCGCCAGCGACAGGCGCUAUGGGUUCUUCAAGCAGCCAUGCCACCGCCUGUACAACUACUAAGCUCUACUUGGAGGAGCUGGAGCCAUGCGCUCUCCCCUCUCCUUACAACGGCUACCGGAAUAAUGACCUUCAGAACUCUCUUCUGACCUUGAUCACAGCAAGUAGACCAUAGUUAUAUUGAUAUGAGCGUUUCUGCUUUAUUGUAUGAGGAGAUGAUACAUAGUGUUUUUAAGAUAAUUUUCAGUGCUUUUUGUUGAGAGAAGAAACGUUGUGUGAUGUGGUUGCAAAUUCAGUCACUCAGUUACCCGUUUUGAGUGACAGACGUAAUUUACAGUGACUGAAUGUUAUCUGAAAGACUGCAUAAUAUAGAUCCUCUUUUUGGUAUAUUUGGGUAAGUUGGAUACAGAUCAUUUAGUUGAUGCACUCAGAGUUAAGAAAACAGUGUAAUGCAUUUCUCUCAAUGACUAAAAACAAAACAAUGUGUGAUGUAUAAGUUGUAAGUAUGUUCCUUUUGAAUGUAGUAGUAAUGUGUGACUAUUGCUGAAACCACUGUACUCUCCAAGUGUGCUACAAAGGUAUUUCACUGUUAAAACUGUUAAUUUGUUGUUUGCCCUAAAAUGGUUGCUUUUUAUGACUAAGCCUUUGCCAAUCCUGUAAAUAUUCGUGAAUACCGUGAUUUUGUAUUAUGAAGUAUAUAUUUGAUAAAACACCUUCCAGGAAAAAAAGAGUAAAAUAUUUGUAUGUUUUCAUAA